AUGCAGCAGCCGCAAAUAUCCAAAGAGGUCAGAAAAGCUUUCCACGGUUUCCCAGGGAUUGAUAGAAGCUCAUGUCGAAAUGAGGAUAGUGAAGAAAUGAAAGGGGCUUUUAUCACAUGGCCGAUUUACAUCGGAGUAAACAGCCAGGAAUAUGCCACGUCUUGUUGCAAUGGCGCGUGUUUUCACGUAAACCAAGAAGACGAAAACAUCAACAACGGACGCAACUUUGGAGUGCAAAUUGAUUGUGUUGGGAGAGUCGAGGACCUGUUACUUCCAAGGAAUUGUGCCGGUGCGGAGAGCUAG